AUGGGGGGAGGGUUGAGGGUCAUGGGGAGGUGGAAGGUGGUGGGAUGGGAGUGGGUUCCAGACCUUCCGGUGUGGCUUCAGGGGCGAAGGAUGAAAAAGGGGGAGAAAGGGAAGGAGGGGGAUGCGAAAGGGAAAGGAAAAGCAAAGGAGGUGGAAGGGAUGGGAGAGAGUGGGAUGGAGGAAGUACGGAUACAUUUUGCUGGUCUCUUACCCGGUCUUGCGAGGUGGAGUCAGUUGGCGUUGAGAGUGUACCUAAUGAGUUUGUUGAUACGUUACUGGCGACGUAUGAAGUCCCGGUUCUUUCGGCGAUUGUGUUUGGGAGGUUUGAGGAUGCCGUUGGGGAUGAGUUAG